GGAAACACAAUUUCACAAAAUAUAUUUUGCAGCAAGCAUAGACAUUCAGAUGCAUCAUCCAUGACGCAUAUGAUUGGAUGAAAAUUCAACCCCAGGCAAUAAUAGUUAAUUAAACAAGUAAUUUGGCCGAUAUAGGUCUAUAAUUUGUACAAUACAAUUACAAUUUUACUACUUUAAAUUGUAUUUUGGCUGACUAAGAACAACAAAAUCCCCAUUCAAACUAGUAUAUAGAGGCCAUUCAAUCAAAAUAGAGAUCACACAUCACAGCAUGGAUGAAGUGAAGCUCUUUGGAUUUUGGCCAAGUCCUUUUAGCCGAAGGGUCAUUUGGGCUCUAAAACUAAAAGGUGUGGAUUAUGAAUACAUAGAGGAAAAUCUCCCCCAUAGUAAGAGCAACUUGCUGCUACAGUACAACCCUGUUCACAAGAAGAUUCCAGUGCUUGUUCAUGGAGGAAAAGCAAUUGCAGAGUCAUUGGUUAUUUUAGAAUACAUUGAUGGGGUGUGGUCACAGAAUCCCCUGCUGCCAAAUGAUGCUCAUGAGAGAUCCGUUGCCCGGUUUUGGGCCAAAUUUAUAGAUGAAAAGACUCGAACUAUGUGGGAAUUCUUUCAGAAAUUUGGUGAAGAACAGGAAAAGGCAAUCACUACUAACUUAGAAAUCUUGAGAACAAUAGAGAAGCAUGGACUUGGAGAGAAGAAGUUUUUUGGUGGUGACAAAAUUGGUCUACCUGAUCUUGUCUUUGGAAUGGUUAUUCAUAUGUUAGUGCCUAUGGAAGAGGUAGUAGGAGUGAAGCUUAUUAAAGCCGAUACCUUCCCCCGCCUACAUGCAUGGAUGAAGAAUUUCAGUGAAGAGCCUGUAAUCAAAGACAACGUCCCUGAUCACAACAGAGUCAUAGAUUUCUUGAAAAUAAGAAGAGAGUCGUAUAGAAUAUCAUCUCAUCAUAAUCACUAGAAAGAAAAUUAGAUAGU